CAUUAGCUGACCAGUUAGUCUAUAACAGGUCUAUAAUAUGCCUCUCCUUAGCAGUAUACUCAAUGUGUCUCUACUGGUCACACUAGUCCUUGCAUUAGGACUCAGUGGAGCAGCUUUUGGACUAUUUGCUCAUAAUAAUAUCCUUGGAGUUUGUGUUCUUGAUAUAACAACUGAUAUUGAGACUGGUAACCAUAAGCUGUGUAAUGCCAGUCUUGCUGGAUACAUUUUAGCCAGUAUAUGUAUAGCUGUGGUAACAAUGAUGGAGUUCAAUAAACUAGUCUAUGGAAAGACUGCCAAUAUUGCAGGGAAGAUACUUCAGAUUAUAUUACUAUCAGUAUCAAUUGUAUUUUUACUAAUCAGUGGAAUAAGUGUUACUGUUGGUUGGGCUAAAACAUGCAAGACUAUAAAGAAUACUAGUGGUUUGUCGUGCAGUGAUAAGGAGAAUCCAUUCUUAAUUGUUGUUAAUAACCAGGAAAUGAUUGGCUCUGCAUUGUUAAAUUGUCACAGCUAUAUAUGCAUUGCAAACAGUUUGGAAAACAGUUUACCUGAACUUCCUAGGGGCUUCCUGGGCCAUUGUUGGUAUGUGCCUUCCUUGGCCUAAUAUUCACCAUAUCAGCUACAUUACUUGCUGUUGUUAAAAAUAUAUUGACAAGGAAAGAAGAUGAUGAUGAGAAGCCAAUAAUUGAUAAAUAUUAAAACAAACUAUAACAUUGCUAUUUUCUGCUGCUGGUGUGUAUUGUGUGUGUUAGCUUAUAAUAGAAAAAUAUGUUUAUUCCAAUAAUAA